AUAAGCUUAGUCAACACCCUCAGGAGGGUAUAUGCCAAUCAAUUAUUUAUGUCAUUCAUACGCUUCAAAUUUCAAAAUUUUUAGUCAACUGGAGGUUCAUCAAAUCAAAACAUGAUCCUUCAUGAUCAUCAACGCUCAAGGAAUCGAUCUCCUGAGAGAGGCUGGGCUGAAAAAUGUCUGGGUUACACCUGUCUCCAGUUGUUCUGGCCGAGGGUAGUUGUCCGAAAAUGGCUCAAUAUUUCUGAUAAUAGUUCAGAUUACAGUGCCGAUUCCGAUGACAGCAUCCAUGAUUCCGUUGACACAGAAGCGUUUUGUUAUUGGCCGAAAGAAUCCAGACUCGAUGAUAAGAAACGAGAUGAUUUUCAGAGUGAUUUAGUUGGAGCUUUUCCCAGGUCAAGAAGACGAAAAUCAGAGACAUUCAGAACACAAUAUAUCGACACUAAAGAACUCAGAGUAUCUGUUAAUACCUGGAAUGUUGGAGGUGAACUUCCACCAGAAGACUUAAACAUCAAAAACUGGCUUGAUACUGAAUACCCUGCAGACAUAUAUGUAAUUGGUUUUCAAGAAAUCAUACCUUUAAACGCUGGUAAUAUCUUUGGUUCUGAAGAUAAUUAUCCAAUUUUGAUAUGGGAAAACAUCAUUCGUGACACUCUUAAUAAAAUUCAACCUAUAAAGACUGAAUUCAAAUCCUAUAGCGACCCUUCUUCUCCAUCAAGAUUUAAAAAACCAUAUGAUGAUGCUCCAAAUAUAGAAGAUGAAUUUAUGCUUGAAAGUGAUGGAGAGUGUGAGAAUGAUCCAGUAGGGCAAAAUUGUCAUUAUUGGGUUGAAAAACUAGAUCUUGACUCUAUAAUGCACAAAAAAAGAUCAAAAUAUGUUAGAAUAGUAAGCAAGCAAAUGGUUGGUGUUUUUCUUACUAUUUGGGUUCGUAGAAGCUUGAAGAAACAUAUCAAGAAUGUACACGUGUCAACUGUUGGUGUUGGUGUAAUGGGCUACAUAGGUAACAAGGGUUCGAUAUCAGUUAGCAUGUCUAUAUAUCAAACGAACUUUUGUUUCGUAUGCACUCACUUAACAUCUGGUGAGAGGGAAGUUGAUGCAGUUAAGAGGAAUGCUGACGUGGAUGAAAUACAUAGAAGAACAAAUUUUAAUUCCAUGUCAAAAGUCGCACUUCCAAGGAGCAUUAAGGACCAUGAGCGAAUAAUUUGGUUAGGUGAUCUUAAUUAUCGUAUCAAUUUACCAUACGAUGAAACAUGCGACUUAAUUUCCAAAAAUGACUUGUCGAAGUUGCUAGAGAGUGAUCAACUUGGUUGGGAGCUAAAAAAAGGUGGUGUAUUUGAGGGGUGGAGAGAAGGAAAUUUGAAUUUUCCACCAACUUAUAAAUACGAGCAAAAUUCAGAGAAAUAUUAUGGUGAGGAUCCUAAAGGUGGUAGGAGGAAUCCAGCAUGGUGUGAUCGGAUACUUUGUUUUGGAAAGGGGAUAAAGCAAGUGGGCUAUAAAAGGGCUGAGAUUAGGGUUUCUGAUCAUAGGCCAGUUUCUGCGUUGUAUAUGAUAGAGGUUGAAGUUUGCUCUCUACGAAAGUUACAAAGGGCUGUAAUUUGGUAAAUAAUAAUUUUUUUUAGUGAUAGUAAAUAAAAUGUUGUGAUAGAAAGAAAUGAAAGUAAACAAAUAAAUGAAAGUGUAUUGCUAUUUAUUGCAUUUAGCCCU